AUGACCCCCGCUUUAGCCACCCCACAUGUAUCACUGACGGAAAAAAUGACUCCUCUGAGAUGCAUCAAUUUCAUUUUUCUGGCCUUUUGGGCUCCUGCUGUCCUCGCGGUGAUGGCCGAAAAACCCCCAGUUCCUACAUACCUAAUCCCCAAACCCCCUCCACCGCCAUCGCCAGUGAAACCAUCAGUACCCGUGAUACCUGUCAAACCCCAAAUCGUGAGAUGCCGCUCCAAAUUGUUUCCUCACUGCUUCAAUAUCCCCUUCCUUUGCCCCUUAGACUGUCUUACCAACUGUUAUGUGGACUGUGUCACCUGCAAGGCUUACUGCAGUUGCAACUUUCCCGGCGCUGUUUGUCAGGAUCCACGAUUCGUUGGGGGCGAUGGCAACACAUUUUACUUCCAUGGCCGCAAGGAUCAGGACUUCUGCCUGGUUUCGGAUACCAAUCUUCAUGUAAAUGGUCAUUUCAUUGGCAAAAGAAAACCCAAUUUGCGCAGAGACUUCACUUGGGUGCAGGCCAUUGGAAUAAUGUUCGACGACCACAGAAUCCUCGUGGCCGCAAAAAGGACUUCAACGUGGGACGACAAUGUGGAUCGACUCGCUAUAUCCAUUGAUGGAAAUCCGAUUUCCCUCCCCACUGAAGAAGGAUCCAAAUGGCAACUUCCGGCCCCGUCCAAUGUCAGUAUCAUGAGAACAAGCAACAAUAACGGACUUGUGGUUGAAGCCGUGAACAAUUUCAGGAUCACCGCCAAUGUGGUUCCAAUAACAGCUCAAGAAUCAAAAGUUCAUGGUUAUGACAUUACUGAUGAGGAUUGCUUCGCCCAUUUGGAGCUUGGGUUCAAAUUCUUCAACAUCACCGAUUCAACUGAUGGAGUUCUGGGACAAACCUAUAGGAGCGAUUACGUGAACAAAAUGAAGGUGAAUGCGGUAAUGCCAGUCAUGGGCGGUGACCGUAAGUACUUGACUUCGGGACUUUUUAGUGCCGAUUGUGCUGUUUCUCGCUUUGGUGGGAAGGUUCUUGAGAAAGCCAAUUCUGCUUCUCCUGUGCAUGAGUAUCCAGCCUUGAACUGCAAGAGUGGGAUGGAAGGGAAUGGCUUGGUUUGCAAAAAAUAA